AUGGUCCUGUCGCUCUCGGGAUACACCCGUGCCCGGGCCAAGGUCGCUCUCUACUAUCUGCUCUGUGUCCUGACCGGUGGACUGUUCUAUCUGGCCUGCCGCUGGUUUCCGCGGUGGGAGCUCCGGAUGACAUGCCGAAAGGUGCCGCUCUCUCAGGCGAGUCUCGUAUAUGUCAGGAACCAGUGGGAGCAGAUCGAGGUUCUGCCGGUUGCGGCGGUGCCGUACAACGGAUAUGUCCAUGAGGUCUUUCCAAACACCACCGGCAAGCGGCGGUUUUCGCAUUUUGAUGAUCCUGCCAACCCGAUUGCCCCGCACGACUCCCGGUCUCCGGGCGAGCCGGUCACCAUGAGCUCGCUCCGGUUCUUUUCGUACCGAUACACCCACUUCAUCCUGAACCCAGCCACCGGACUGUACGAAACCAACUACCACUGGCGAGACCCCAACUGGACCACAACCGAAGCGGUGCUCGGCGGCCUGCAAGACGAGGCCAUGGCCAUGCGGCGCCACAUUGUCUUUGGAGACAAUGUCGUUGCCGUCAAGGAAAAGCCCACCCUGCAGCUCCUGGUCGACGAAGUCCUGCAUCCGUUCUUCAUCUUCCAGAUCGCGAGCAUUGCCCUGUGGCUCAUCGACAACUACUACUACUAUGCGGGCUGCAUCUUCUUCAUCUCCGUCGUCUCGACCAUCUCCACGCUGGUCGAGACCAAGAAGGCCAUGAAGCGCAUGCAGGAGCUCUCCCGAUUCAGCUGUCCGGUGCGCGUCUUUCGCUGGGGCUCUUGGUGGUCCCUCAGGUCGGACGACCUGCUGCCGGGCGACGUCAUCGAGCUCAGCGCCGAGACGGCCAUCGUCCCAUGCGACGCCAUACUGCUCGAGGGCGACUGCAUCGUCAACGAGAGCAUGCUGACGGGCGAGAGUAUCCCGGUGUCCAAGGUGACGAUCGGCGAUCCGGACUGGAAGACCCUUGACUGGGAGCUGGAGGACCCUGCCUUGAGCAGCCGUCUCUCGCGGUUCUUUUUGUUCUGCGGUACCAAGGUCAUCCGCGCCAGAUCCAAGCAGGUGAACAAUUCCAGUGACGAUCACACCGGCGCCCGCGCGCUUGUUGUUCGAACGGGGUUCAACACUGCCAAAGGCAAUCUCCUCCGAUCGAUGCUGUUCCCAAAGCCCAAUGACUUCAAGCUCUACCGCGAUUCCUUUCGAUUCAUCGGCGUGCUCGGUUUGAUCGCCUUUCUGGGAUUCCUCGUCUCGUGCUACAACUUUGUGCGCCAACAUGUUCACUGGAGCGUAAUCAUCAUCCGAGCCCUCGACUUGAUCACCAUCGUCGUUCCGCCUGCUCUCCCGGCAACCAUGUCGAUCGGCAUCAGCUUUGCGAUCGCUCGUCUGAGGCAGCGGGGCAUAUUUUGUGUGUCUCCUCCGCGCGUCAACAUCGGCGGCAAGAUCGAGGUGAUGUGCUUUGACAAGACCGGAACCCUGACGCAGGAGGGCCUCGACGUUCUGGGAUACCGCUUCACGCUGCCAUCUUCGAUGGAUAAGCACACUCUGUCGCUUCUCUGCGGCCUGGAUCUCAAGGGACCGGUGUCGCUGGCCAUCCCGAUCGAAUCCAGUAUCCUGACCGAGGCGUGUGACCUGGACUACGGCACAAUUCCAUUCCCGCUGCUGUUUUGCGCGAUGGCCACCUGCCACUCCAUCAAGGUCAUUGACGGCCAGCUCAUGGGCGAUCCCAUGGACCUCAAGAUGUUUGAGUUCACGAACUGGUACAUCGAGGAAGGCGGUGACUGUGCUGGCGGUGGAAGCGCCGUGUCCUCACCCGCAACCAAGGACGGCAACCUUGCCGUCUCGCCAGCCCUUGCCAAGCGCCGGGCAGAGUCCGCCGAGUUUCUCAAGAAGACCAACGGCAUUAUCCCGAUGGUGGUGCGACCGCCAGGCAUCGACAGCCUCCACGACGUUCUGUCGACCGUUGGCGGACACGGCGGUGAUGCGUCGCCUCUCUCAAGGCCCAAGGCCGUCGACCGGAACCUGACCGAGCUUGGCGUCAUCCGCGAAUUCGAAUUUGUGAGCUCGCUGCGGCGCAUGUCCGUGAUAGUGAAGCGUCUGCAUUUUUCGGAGGCGUCUCUGCGACAAGGGCUCGGACUACCCCACCAAUCCCCUCAUGGCGAUCUAGACUCGGCCGCCUCGGGCAGCACCGGAACAGGAAAGGAGUUUGAUGUGUUCCUGAAGGGCGCUCCCGAGGUGAUGAAGUCGCUGUGCAUUCCAGAGUCAAUUCCUGCAGACUAUGACCAGCUGCUGGGCCAAUAUGCCCAUCAUGGCUAUCGCGUGAUCGCCUGUGCGCAUCGGCGUCUUGAAGGGCAGAGCUGGGCCCGCGUCAUGAAGAUGAAGCGGGACGAGGUUGAGCGUGGCCUGACGUUCCUAGGCUUCAUUAUCUUUGAGAACAAGCUCAAGUCGGGGACAAUGGCGGUGGUUCACAAGCUCUCGAAGGCCAAGAUCCGACAGAUCAUGUGCACCGGCGACAAUGUCCUCACGUCGGUCUCCGUGUCUCGUGAGAGUGGAUUGAUCAAGCCAAACAACAUUGUGUUCGUGCCCAAGUUUGUCGGGCCAGAGCCCCACGACGAGAGCUCGGAGAUUGUAUGGGAAGAUGUGGAUGGAAGCGGCAUGCGCCUCGAUCCGCUGUCUCUGCUCCCGAUCGAAGCGCCGGGACAGCCGACCUUGAAGUGCGAUGACUACGACCUGGCCAUCACUGGAGACGUGUUCCACUGCUUGCUGGAGUACGGCUCGCCCCACACCAUCACUCGAAUGCUGGUCAAGGGCAACAUAUUUGCCCGCAUGUCUCCCGAUGAGAAGCAUCUACUGGUCGAGCGCCUGCAGGAGAUUGGAUACACCGUGGGCUUUUGUGGAGACGGAGCAAACGACUGUGGUGCUCUCAAAGGUGCCGAUGUCGGGCUGUCUCUGUCUGAAGCCGAGGCCUCGGUCGCAGCUCCGUUCACCUCCAAGUUCACCGAGCUGGACUGUGUCCUGCAAGUCAUCAGCGAGGGGCGUGCCGCGCUGGUGACUUCCUUCAGCUGCUUCAAGUUCAUGGCCUUGUACUCGCUGAUCCAGUUCACGUCCGUGUCGAUCCUGUACUCGAUCGUGGGCAAUCUCGGCGACUUUCAGUUCAUGUUCAUCGACAUUGUGCUGAUCAUACCCAUGGCCGUUCUGAUGGGCCGCUCGAGGGGCUACAAGGAGAUCCACCCAAAGCGGCCGACGGCGUCGCUUGUCUCAAAGAAGGUGCUGGUGUCGAUCGUUGGCCAGGUUAUCCUCCAAGUCUCCUCUCAGCUCUACAUCUUCAUGUGGAUUCGGCGACAGCCCUGGUAUCAGCCUCCGGAUAUCUCGGUCGACGAUGAGAUCUAUAUUUGCAUGGAGAAUACGGCCGUGUUUCUGGUGAGCUGCUACCAGUACAUUGCCGUGGCGCUGGUAUUCUAUGGCGGCCCUCCGUACCGCGAGUCGAUUUGGAAAAACGCACCGUUCAUUUUGACGACCCUGGUCCUGCUGGGCGUCACCGUGGAACUGACUCUCUACCCAACAAGUCUGAUGCGUGAAUGGCUGGAGCUGAUCGAGCUACCGAUGGACGGUCGCCUCUACAUUCUGGCAGUCGGUCUGCUCAGCAUACUCCUCAGCUGGAUCGGCGAGUCGUUUGUCUUCCGUUGGAUCUCUGGUGCGAUCGGAUACUUUGUCCGGCUCGGCCAGGGCACAUCCGAUCUGGCUCGCCGGGGUCGAUGGCGCCGCAAGGGCAAAGUGCACAAGGCUGUCUUGCAUGAGCUGCGGAGCAAAUCGGCGACAUGA